AAACUUUGGUAUCUUCAUGUCUUACCAUCACUCAACUCUGAGCUGCAGACACCUGAAGUACUAGCAGCAGCACUCCAGCCGCUUCUGUACAUGAUAGAAGAGUCCACUACUGAAGAAUAUACGCAACUUAUCCUUCCUGUCUUUAGAGCUGUCUUUGCCAUGCCAAAGAGUGUACAGGCUACAGUAACUCUACUAGAAAAUAUGGAUAUCAUCAUGAAGAAGACGCCAAAAAGUGAUCUAAAAUCAGAAGUCCUACCCAUGUUGUACAACGCAUUCGACUCUACUACGCCUCAAAUACAGUGUGCUGCUCUUCAUGCGGUGGCUCAGACAGCUGAUUUCUUAGAAGAAACUGCCGUCCGUAAAAUGGUGCUGCCACGGACGAAACAAGUCUUUGAAAAUAAUAAUGGCAUAAAGGUGCAAGCCAAUGCACUGACAUGCAUCGAAAAAAUAAUUGACAAACUGGAGAAAACGGAUAUACUGGAUGAGGUGCUUCCUAUGCUCAGCAAAGCCAAAAUACAAGACCCUGCCAUUCUUAUGCCGGUAGUAAGAAUUUACAAAUUCAUGCUUGGUGACAAACGGUACGGCUUAACUGUCAACUUGUUAGCUACAAAGGUAAUGCCGUCGCUGAUUCCAGUAGUCGUCAGCCCUGCACUCAAGCUGGAUCAGUUUACAGCCUUAGUGGAGCUGCUGAGGGAUAUGUUGGAACACGUCGCGCGGAGCCAAAGGAACAAGUUGAAACUAGAGAAGCUGUCCAUUCCUUCGACAGAAAUCUUACCGGUUCAGUAUUCAAUGGAACAAGCAACAGGUUAUCCUCACAGACCUCCUCUUUUGCGGUUACAGUCACGAAGAACAUCAGUAAGCAUGGACGAUGUGGUUAGAAGGAGUAGCUCAGCAUCCUCCUCACCGGAUUCAAACUUAUUGACUGUCCAGGGUAAUCUUCCGGGACGACGUCACUCAGAUAACACCAUCCAGCCGCCGAGGAUCUUGGUCGCACCAGCCAGUCCAGACGGCAAUCUAAAGCGAGGUUCAAGUGCUGGAAUGUUACCCAUCAGGAGACACUCUGGGGGUCAAGACAAUCGCUUCAAUAGCUGGACACCCAAGGUAACUCCUAACUUCAAUAUAGAGUUUUUCACUCCUACAAGGCCUGGAAUGCGACGUUAUUCAGCAGCAGCGGUUUGUGCUACAGAUUUGCAACGUACUGCGGGACAAGUACCCGGAGGAGCUCCCAAUCAAGCCUCCAGUAUUCUACAACAGAUUGGAUCUGGUGUGCAACAACUCUUUUCCGGAAAAUAAGUAAACAACUCCUAUCUUACUUUGGUGACCAAAUAAUCAUGCUGAAAGGUCCAAUAUUCCAAAUGGAAAAAGAAUACGUAAUCAUGGUAAAAUAUAUCCCCCUUUUCUUCAUAUAUCCUUAAUAAAAGUAGAAACUCAAUUAUAAGUAUAUAAUCCUCUUUUUUUUGCAAGACAAAUGUUAGUCUUGCACUCGACAAUCUGUACAAAUGAUGAAAUUUAGAAUUACUGAAUAGUAUUUCUCAACAUUCGAUGACUAUCAAGAUUUGGUGGAUUUUGAUACUGCAAGUUAAUGGACAAGCGUGGCCUGCAUAUAUCAAAGAUGGAAUUUUCGUACUGUAAUGUAAGAAAUAUCAUAUAAUUGUUAAUAUUUUCCUCCCUAUUCAUACAAAUUUUA